UCUAAGAUUACACCCCGUACACCCCGUUCUUUGAAGAAUAUUUCUGUCAUCUCUGCAUCAACACAUCCUGUGGAAUCCAGUACUAUGAGGACAAAUAAGGCCCCCUCUAGUGAAGGUUAUACAGCUCACUCUCUUCAGUCAAUUAAAUUUAAUCCUACAGUAGGGACUAUUCUAAUUGCUGAACAUAAGGAAAUUAAAUUUAAUUGCUCCAUCAAUGUUCCUAACUCACUAAUCAACCAAGACUCUGCACUUAUUUCCUUGUGGAAAAAUGGGAAGGAGUUGUUGGAUGCUGACCGACUAGCCAGCCAGUUUUAUCAGUUUGAUGACAAUGAAGUAACCUCAAUGGUAUCUACUUUCAGUAUAAUCAACGUCCAACGCUCUGAUAAUGGAUCUUACUGCUGCAAAUUGAAGGUCAACAGUCAUGAAAUAGUGUCAGAUCCUAUCUUGGUCCUGUUGGAAGGGCUGCCGUACUUCAUUAAGGAGCCUCGGGAGCUGAACAUUACCCGAAAUAAGCCAUUCAAUCUCACAUGCCAUGCUGUGGGGCCUCCUGAACCUGUUGUGAUUCACUGGUUUUGGAACAGCAGCAAAGUUCGUGAGAAACCUGACAUUUCGCCAUCUGUCUUGAUGAUGCCAGGUCUUAAUGAAGCUGCUAUUUUCCACUGUGAAGCUCAUAAUGAGAAAGGACUGGCGACUUCAACGGAAGGACGAGUCAACAUAAAAGGAAUCCCAUCCCCACUUGUUGAAGUCCGUAUUCAAAAUAGAACUGCUCACACAAUAGUUGUGUCCUGGGUCCCAGGUUUUGAUGGUUAUUCUCCUUUGAGCAACUGUAGUGUUCAGGUGAAGGAUGUUGUUUCACUGGGUAAUGCUUCUGUUAUGAUUUUUAAUACUUCCAUACCACCUCAUCGGUACAGCAUUCAAAAUCUGUGGCCUGUGAAUGAUUAUAACAUCCGUGUUUCUUGUAUGAAUGAAGUAGGCUGGUCUGAUUUCAGCCCUUGGGUUAGAGCCAGUACAACAGAAGGAGCUCCAUCAGCUUCACCAGUGAAUGUUACUCUGUCAAUUAAUGAGUCCAGCUCUUCGGUGGUAGUCUCAUGGGCAAAACCUCCUGCUUCACAGAUGAAUGGUGAACUUCAGGGCUACAGACUAUCCCACAUGUGGCAGAAUUCUGAUGUGUCUAGGAAUCUCUCUUCCCAUACCAGCAAAGAUACCAGUGCCAUCCAUAUACCUAUUGUUGCCACUAAUGCCACCUGCAUUGUGCGAGUAGCAGCAGUCACAAAAGGUGGAGUUGGGCCAUUCAGUGAUCCAGUAGAAGUUUUUAUUCCAGGGAAUGGUUUGAUAUCCACUGCACCUUCAUCAGUUCCAGCAUCUGGAAAUUCAGAUUCAUUCAUAAUUGUCCUGGGAUUUAUAUGUGGAAUUGCUGCUGUUGGAUUAAUCCUGUAUCUGUCGGUGAUUAUCAGGAAAAAAUUGGUGGAGGAAAAUAAGUUUGGGUAUGCUUUCAGCAGUGAUGAGUCAGAGCUGGCAGUUAGUUAUAAAGCAAAGAAGUCAUACUGCCGUAGAGCUGUUGAGCUGACAUUGGGCAGUCUUGGUGUCAGUGAAGAACUGCAGAAGAAACUCCAGGAUGUUGUGAUUGUCAGGAACAACCUGGCUUUGGGGAAGAUCCUGGGAGAGGGGGAAUUUGGAUCAGUGAUGGAAGGCAACCUCAGCAAUCCUGAUGGAUCCACUCAGAAAGUAGCUGUGAAAACAAUGAAGUUGGACAACUUUUCCCAACGAGAAAUAGAAGAAUUCCUUCGGGAAGCAGCAUGUAUGAAAGACUUUGACCAUCCCAAUGUCAUCAAACUUCUUGGUGUGUGUAUAGAACCGAGUUCUCAGCAGGUUCCAAAGCCCAUGGUGAUUCUCCCAUUCAUGAAAUACGGAGACUUGCACAGCUUCCUUCUUCGUUCAAGGCUUGGAAUGGGCCCACAGUAUGUACCGCUACAGACUUUAUUGAAGUUUAUGAUAGAUAUCGCUUUGGGCAUGGAAUACCUCAGUAACAAGAAUUUCCUCCAUAGAGACUUGGCUGCUCGAAACUGCAUGUUACGGGAUGACAUGACUGUGUGUGUAGCAGACUUUGGUUUGUCCAAGAGGAUCUAUAGCGGAGAUUAUUAUCGUCAAGGACGCAUUGCAAAGAUGCCGGUUAAGUGGAUCGCAAUAGAAAGUCUCGCCGAUCGAGUCUACACAACAAAAAGUGAUGUGUGGGCAUUUGGUGUUACUAUGUGGGAGAUUGCAACCCGAGGGAUGACUCCAUACCCGGGAGUGCAGAACCAUGAAAUCUAUGACUACCUUUUUCAUGGACACAGGCUGAAGCAGCCAGAAGGCUGCUUGGACGAACUGUAUGAAAUAAUGUAUUCAUGUUGGAGAGCAGAUCCUGUGGAUCGACCCACCUUCUCGGAACUUAAGUUUCACCUGCAGAAGCUGUCAGAAAGUUUACCUGCACAGAGUGAGCCAAACAGUGUUAUUUAUAUUAACACUGAUCUGCUGGAGGAAAAUGCAGAUGAGCAAAUGGAAGACUCUGAGUUUCCUCAGAUAGAUAUAGACCUUGAUCCUCAUGACAUCAUAGAGUCCUGUUCCCAAAGACCAGAGACCACAGUGGUCACUGUUGAUGUCCACGAGAGCAAUGGGAUGGGGGACAGGUACAUUUUAAGUGGAGCAAGUGAGGAACGCAUAGCCAGUCUUGUGAGAACAGAAAAUGAAGAUUUUCCUCUGCUUCAUCAUGCCCUCUCUCAAAAUGGAAGAUUGUGGUCUCAAGCUAGCACACUUCCCGUAGGAAGCACGCUGACGGAUGAGCUUCGGUAUGCAGAUGACUCCUUGGAGGACUCUACAAUUCUGCUGUGAAAGCAAAAAUAGGACCUUCUGUGGGCUGAAGAUCAGAACUCCUUCACCAGAAAUAGUUUUGUCAGACAUUGUUCAAGCCAUACAAAGCCAGUCAUGUAUAGUUUCUCUCUGAAUCUUGUACAGCAAGUAACUAUAGAAGUAAUGUUUUGUCUCUCUAUUUGUAUAAUAUGGUAUCUUUAUAGAGAUUAUAUUUUAAUAAACACUC